UGAUUUGAUUAUGGCGUCUGCAAAUUCAGAUAGGGUGUGUAUUCACAAUUGGAGAGUUCUGUGUCACGGUAAAUCAAAACAGGGAAAUGGAAGACAUGGCUCAAUUUACCGGUCAUCUAGGCCUGACCUUAUGGACCCUCUCGACUUAGAAGAAUUCAAGAAACAUGGUAUUAAAUGCAUUAUUGAUUUGAGAUCGGCUAAAGAUUAUGAAAUAGCGUCUGGAUCCAAAGUCCUCGACAACUAUUAUAAGCUAUACAAAGUGGUUCUACCGAAAUCCAACCGUUACAAGCAAAAGGAACCUGUAAUUUGCCAAGCCGUUGAUGGAAAAAAGAAAAAAAGGACAACGGUGCCAGCAACCGAAAUUAUGGAACAGAAACAUUUUCUUAUAAAUUUCUUUACUAGUGAAUACACAUCAACAGUAUUCAAAAGAGCUCCGUGGUAUAUCCAACUUAUAUCUCUUUUUAUUGCAAUAUUUGACUUCAUAUUUAGAACGGGCUUUAAAAAUUUCGUGCGUUUAUUUGCAGUAACAGUUAUAAAUCGUGAAGGGAUAGCAGCUUCUUAUGUAGAUAUUGCUGAAAUGAGCAGAGGAGGGUUAUGUGCUGGACUUAAACUUUUAACGGAUAAAAAUAACAUGCCUGCGAUGAUCAACUGUGCGCAUGGCAAAGACAGAACGGGUAUUUUGUCAGCAUUAGUUUUAUCUGUGUUAGGAGAAACUGAGGAAAACAUCAUAACAGAUUAUGCUCUAUCACAGGAAGGACUUCUACCAAUCAGAGAUCGAGUAUUUAAGGAGGUUGUUGAAAGAUAUUACUGGGAUAAAUCGUUCUGUGAUGCAAAUCCAGAGAACAUGAGAAUGUUGUUAAAAUACUUAAAUAAAACGUAUGGUUCAGUAAAAGAUUAUUUAGUCUCCAUUGGAUUCAGUGAAGAAGAACAAGAUAUACUUAGAAAAAACUUACUGGAACAUGAAUAGCAAUGCAUACGAUAUGUUUGCUAGAAUAUUUCAUUGUUAUAAAGUUAAGUAUUGUAAUUUGACAAAACAUGUUAUGACCUUCAUAGUAUAUACAUUUUUCACUUUUGUCACACGAUCUCAGAGGAGGGGCAACCCAGGACAGGGAAAUACAUGCCUGCAGUACAUGAGGAUCUGGAAAGGGGGUCCUUCAUUUCUGUAUUCUUUAUUUUUUUAUGCCAUUUUUCUCUAUUCUAAAUAUUUUAGCACCCCAUUAUUCUCGAUUCCUUAUAUUUUUUGUUAUUGUUUUGGCCCAUUAUUCUCUAUUCUGUAAACCCAAUCCAGACCAUCAUGCAUCAUAUGAUAGCAUAGUCCAUUAUUUUGAUCUAUUAUACAAGAGCUUCUAAUGAUAUCUAUAUUUAUAAUUUAAUUUCUAUGCAAUAUAGACCUCUUAUAUUUUUUUGUCAUAUUCAUACCCUCACAAUAUUCAAGUUUAAUCGCAGACGAUGACAUAAAGAGGUAACUCUUUUUAUGCCUACAAAGGGCUACCAGAUUUCAUCCCUUGGUACAUAAUAGCUGAUGUUUAACAUUACUUUGUACCAAACUUAUAUAUGACUGUGAUAUUUUGUUAUGUGUAUUUUUAAUUUUGUAUGAAAAUAUUUGCAAGAUUGGAAAAGUUUUAUUCUCACUUUUUCAUUAUUUCUUUUUUUUUCAAGGAGUUUACCAUUAAAUUAUCCAAAGUGGGGAAGUAGCCUUCAUAAAAUUUUUGCUUUAGUCAUUAAUUUUUUUUUAGAGAGAUAAAUCUCAACUCUGUACCAAAUUAGAGAAUAUGAAAUUUUAUUUUUAUUAUGCUUUACUACAAGAUGUUACAAACAUAGCUUUAUCAUCAGACAAAUUAUUUUAUCCUUUCUGCAACUUUUGUUGGAUUGCCCAAUUUAUACUUUUCUCAGCAGCAUAUUAUCAAUUUAUUUGUUUUGGUAUGAUUAAUCCCUUAUUAAAAUUUACUUUUUUUUUUCAUCCAAAUAUCAAUGUGUAAUCAAGGAGACAACAAAGUGAGACAGACGAACAGAUGGGUCAAAACAUUUAUACCCUCCAUCACCUUUCUUUGUGUUGUAUAAUUGAUACAUUCUAUCAACACCCUCCAUGAACUAUCUUUGUGUUGUAUAAUUGAUACAUUGUAUUAACACCCUCCAUGAACUAUAUUUGUGUUGUAUAAUUGAUACACUGUAUCAACACCCUCCAUGAACCAUCUUUGUGUUGUAUAAUUGAUACACUGUAUCAACACCCUCCAUGAACUAUCUUUGUGUUGUAUAAUUGAUACACUGUAUCAACACCCUCCAUGAACUAUCUUUGUGUUGUAUAAUUGAUACACUGUAUCAACCUUAAUGUGAUUACAUACUUAAUGAAAACUAAUUUGUUUAGUGACACAGACAGGAAUAUCAUAUUUAAAGUUAAUAUACAUUUAUAUCAUUUAUAUACAGUAAACCAACCAAUUUUUGCCCUGGUAGAAUUUAUUAAAAAAAUUAAUAUAAAUCAUGGUGAAUGUGUAAAACUUGUAUCUUCUCUUAGCUCGUAGAUAAUAUACAAAAAAAGGGUUGGAAAAAGCAAAAAUAAAACUCUGCAAGAUUGACUAGAAAGGGCUACUGAUUCUAAAGCUAUUAAAAUAUAUUUUUUUAUAUUUAUAUUAUUGAAAUAUUUGUAAAUUUCUUGAUUUCUCCAACAAUAACCUUAGAUGGCACAUCAGGAUAGAGUUUUAAACUUUUUCACUGUUCAUGAGGCUUUAUUAUACCAAAUUAAUAUGCUGUGAUAUUUUUUAUGUUUAUUGUUAUUUUGUUUUAAGAUUUUUAUUGAACAUAACAGACUGCUUAUGGUCAAUUAGGUCCCCACUUUUCCAUUAUGCCUAUUUCAAGAGACGUUCAUUUCCAUAAUAGUAGUUUUGUUGUCUAGUCUAAAUUUGGGCUUUAUUGCAUUGCAUUGUAUUAUAUUUAUUAUAUUUAAUACAAAUUAUUCUUUAUUGACAACUAUUCACCAAAUCCAUGUGAUGUGCAUGUAAGCAACUACAGGUCUCUGUAUGGCCUUCAACAAUGAGCAAAACCUUGACUAUAGUCAGCUAUAGUGUGUAUGUAUAAACAACCUGUGUUAUUUUGUAUUGAUGUUGUUUUAUAAUACUAUAUAUUUAGAAGCUACUUAAUUGUCAUGAAAUAAUAUACUUUAAUAAUGAACCAAAUUUUUAAUAGAGUUUAUUAUAUUUCUAUUUACCAUAUGUUGUUGUUUUAAAUUUAUUAUAAUUGUUAUAGGAAUUAAAAGUAUCAAGAAA